AUCACGGUCUCAGCUUGGACUUCCGUCCGCUUUGGAAAACGCACCGCCAAGGCAUUUGGAGGGGGAGUUGGGCACAGACACCGCACAGGCGACCGGGUCGCCAAUAUGGACAGGCUGAUGUGGACGCUUGUUCUGCUCUGGGCCUUCGUCCUCCCAGGUGCCCUGGGUGUGAACAUGGAAGAGCCCCUCAUCAGGUACCUUUUCGAUGAAAAAGGCUACAACAAGAACCUGCGGCCUGUGGCAUCCAAGGAUGACAGCAUCUCCGUCUACCUGGCGCUGACCCUCUCUAAUCUUGUCUCCCUGAAGGAGGCUGAUGAAACUCUCACCACCAGCGUCUGGAUUGAGCAUGGUUGGACAGAUUGCCGGCUGAAGUGGAACGAGACGGAAUUUGGUGGCAUCUCGAUCAUCCGCCUCCCACCGGACAUGCUCUGGCUGCCUCAAAUUGUCCUGGAGAACAACAACGAUGGCAUAUUUCAGAUCACCUACAGUGCCAACGUAUUGCUCAACUCCAGCGGCUACGUGUACUGGCUGCCGCCAGCCAUCUUCAGCAGCGCCUGCCCCAUCAAUGUCAACUUCUUCCCAUUUGACUGGCAGAACUGCACCUUGAAGUUCAACUCUCUGAUGUACAGUGCUAACGAGAUCAGCUUGGAGCUCUUGCGAAAAGAAGAUGUCAAGACGAAGAAGAUGUAUGUGGUGCAAUGGAUCAUCAUUGAGCGGAGUGCCUUCACUGAAAAUGGGGAAUGGGAGAUUAUUCACAGACCAGCCCGCAAAAACACAGACCCCAGCGUCCCUCGUGACAGCAACAGGCACCAGGACAUCACCUUCUACCUCAUCAUCAAGCGCAAGCCCCUCUUCUACAUCAUCAACAUCGUCACCCCCUGCAUCCUGAUCGCCUUCAUGACCAUCCUGGUUUUCCACCUGCCUGCUGCCAGUGGGGAGAAGGUGUCUCUGGCUAUCUCCAUCCUGUUGGCCCAGUCUGUCUUCUUGCUGCUGAUCUCCAAGCGUCUCCCACCCACCUCCUUUGCCAUCCCUCUCAUUGGCAAGUAUCUUCUUUUUGUUAUGCUGCUUGUGACUGCGGUGGUGGUGGCCUGCAUUGUGGAGCUUAACAUCCACUUCCGAACACCCAGCACCCACAUCCUGACCAGCUGGACCAAGGAGCUCUUCCUCGAGACCCUCCCUCGCCUCCUCCACAUGUCCAAGCCGGCAGAGAGUGAGCCCGAUCCACGGGAUGGCCUGCUCAUGCGGCGUAGCAGUUCCGUCGGCUACAUCGUGAAGGCAGAGGAGUAUUUUACCGUCAAGUCCCGCAGCGAGCUGAUGUUUGAGAAACAGUCGGAGAGGCACGGCUUGGCGAGCCGCAUCACGCCUGCAAGGCCAAACCCCCACGGUGUGGACAGCACGCAGGAGCAGCUGUACAACGAGAUCAAGCCGGCGGUCACUGGAGCCAACUUCAUUGUGAAGCACAUGAGAGACAAGAAUGACUACAAUGAGGAGAAAGACCACUGGAAUUGCAUUGCCCGCACGGUGGAUUGCCUUUGCUUCUUCUUGGUCACACUCGUUCUGAGCCUGGGCACCUUAUGGAUCUUCUUGAUGGGGUCUUACAACCACCCUCCCCCCUUGCCCUUUGAAGGGGACCCUUUUGACUAUCGUGAGGAGUCCAAGCGGUUCAUCCAUGACGCAUGAAGAACCAUCUUCUGUCCCUCCUACCUGUGGAACAGGAUGCAGCGCACCUCCCCUCGCCCUCUCCCGGUCCCCACGAUCUGGAGUGUUUGCAAUCUCUUAAAUUAUUUUUGCUUGGCUGUCUUGUUCCUCUUGGUGUAAUAAACACUGCUUUUGAGA